UAUUUUCUGUAAAGGUGAGGUGUUUAUUGUGCUCCAAGGAGUUGGGGUACAAUAAUAACACCUCAUCCAUGCUAAGGCACUACUGUGCCUUGCAUGAGAAUAGGGAGGAAACUGGAGCUUCACCCAGCCAAGCCACCAGAAAACAAGAGCUGGAUGAAGCUCUAGUCUCCAUGAUAGUGAAGGAUACCCAGCCUUUCACUAUUGUGGAUGACGUUGGAUUCAGGACAUUUGUGUCUAAGCUGGAUCCCAAUUAUGUUCUCCCUACAAGGCAGGCUCUGAAGGCCAUGGUGGAGGCCAAAUAUGAGUCUGCUAAGGAGCACGCUAAGGCUAAAGUAGAGAAGGUGGCUGCUGUUAGCCUUACAUCAGAUAUGUGGACAUCCAUCAACAUGGAUGCCUACCUGGCAGUGACAUGCCACUUUGUGGAGGAGAACGAAAAGCUGAGCUCGGUGUUGUUGGGAGUGCAGGCAUUCCCCCAGUCUCACACUGCUGAAAAUAUUGCUUGUGUGAAAGCCUCCCUGAUGGAGGAAUGGGGAAUCUCAGGCAAGGUGACAUGCAUGGUCACCGAUGGUGCUCCUAAUAUGGUGGCAUGCGUGAGAGAGCUGAAGCUUCGCCACCACAUUUGUGUUGCUCACACCCUCAAUCUUGUUGUGAAGAGGGCGCUUGACCAGCACCCUGUGCUCUCUGGCCUCCGGGCCAAAGCAAGGAAGCUGGUUGACUACUUUAGAAGCAGCACCACUACUAAGGUAUGCUCUUUUCUUUUAUUCCAAUAUAUAAUGUUAAUAGUUUGUCUGUACUCCUACUGCAAUGACUUAAUGGCCUACUCUUCUGUAUCUUUAAAGGAGAAGCUUACACAAGUGCAGCUUCAGCUGGGCAUGCAAGCAACCAAGCUGAUGUAGGAGGUGGAAACAAGAUGGAACAGCACCUACUUGAUGCUGCAACGUCUGGUGGAGUUGAGGGAGCCAGUAGGAGCGGCAUUGGCAGGAUUACACACUGACAUUCCCUUUUUCACUGCCAGUGAGUUUGACAUUGUUGUAGCGUGCCUUUCUUUACUCUCUCCUUUCUAUGACGCUACCACGGAGCUCUCUGCAGAAGAACACGUGUCGGCAUCAAAAGUUAUCCCCCUCCUGAAGAUGAUAGAGAAAGCCCUUCAGGAG